CCGCCCCUUGACGGUAGCGGGCGUGGCCGGCGCAGACACACGCAGUCCCGCCCGGAGCCCCGCCUCUGUCCGCCCGCCGGAAGUGACGCGCAGCGGGCGCCAUGGCCGAGUUAGCGGACGGGCAGCUGCCGCAGGAGUGCCCAGGGAGCAGCAGCGCGCAAGCGGGCAGGGCCGCCGCCUGCCAAGGAUGCCCCAACCAGGGGAUCUGCGCGGCCGGCGCCGCCGCUCCGGACCCGGCGGAGGCGGCGGCGCUGCGGGCGCGGCUGCGGGCGGUGCGGCACGCGGUGCUGGUGCUGUCGGGCAAGGGCGGCGUGGGGAAGAGCACGUUCAGCGCGCUGCUGGCGCUCGGGCUGGCGGCGGACCAGGCCAAGCAGGUCGCGCUGCUGGACAUCGAUAUCUGUGGGCCGUCGAUCCCCAGAAUGAUGGGCCUGGACGGAGAGCAGGUUCAUCAAAGUGGAUCUGGCUGGUCUCCAGUGUAUGUUGAAGAAAACUUGGGUGUUAUGUCAGUGGGCUUCUUGCUUAGUAGUCCCGAUGAUGCUGUCAUCUGGAGAGGACCCAAAAAAAAUGGACUGAUCAAACAAUUUCUUCGUGAUGUGGACUGGGGUGAAGUCGACUACCUGAUAAUAGACACGCCGCCAGGGACGUCGGACGAACACUUGUCUAUUGUGCAGUAUCUCAGUGCAGCGCAUGUAGCCGGCGCUGUUAUAGUCACUACCCCUCAGGAAGUGUCACUUCAGGAUGUCCGGAAGGAGAUCAACUUCUGCCAUAAAGUGAAACUGCCAAUCAUAGGUGUUGUGGAAAAUAUGAGUGGCUUUAUAUGUCCAAAGUGUAAGAAUGAAUCUCAGAUCUUUCCCCCAACUACGGGAGGUGCAGAGAAGAUGUGCCAGAACUUAAAUGUUUCCCUCCUGGGUAAAGUGCCUCUAGAUCCUCAAAUAGGGAAAAGUUGUGACAAAGGCCAGUCUUUCUUGUCUGAAGCACCUGACUCUCCAGCUACAUCCUCUUACAGGAAUAUCAUUCAAAGAAUUCAGGAAUACUGUGAUCAACGCAAUUUUCAAGAAGAGAAGAUAAUAUAUGAACGGAAUAAAAAUGUAGUUCAUGUUUAAUUACAGAAAAGUAACUUAUGUCUUGAUUUUAAUGGAAGGAAUGUAUUUUUUUUGUAUAUUGCAAAUAAAUCCUUAAUAUAAAUGUU